AUGGCAUCAAAGCCUAUGGCUGAUGCAGCCUCUUGGUACUGCGCCACAAUCCUAUUGGCCUUGAUCUUGUUUGCUUCCAUCAGAGAGAACGAUUCUAUGCCGGACAACGACCCGGUUCGAGGGGCUAAACACUUUGUGAUCAACCGGCCCUGUGAUGAAAUUUAUGUGGUCGGAGAAGGCGAGACCCUCCACACCAUCAGUGACAAGUGCAGCGACCCCUUUAUCGUGGAGCGCAACCCGCAUAUCCAUGACCCGGAUGAUGUUUUCCCUGGCCUCGUCAUCAAGAUCACUCCUUCCAGACCUUGA